ACGCUGCCUCAGUCACAUUAUUUUAUUUCACAACAUUGGUGACUACCGCGAGGAUCGUGCGCGCUUAUCAUCGGAGAGCUCUUGCGGCGCUGCUGGAGCAGGUUUUCGGCGAGAGCUGUCUGUGACGUUUUCAGGGUUUGGUGUAUUGUUUCUGUCGAAUCACCUCGAUAAACAUCGGUUUCGAGGAGCCACGGCCUGCUAGACUGGUGCUGCUGCUGCUGCUGACAGCUGCUGGAUAGUCGAAUAACGUCGUUGACUGCACUGAAGAAGAUAUCGGAGCGAUACCGGCCCGGUGGUGACGUAAGCGUGGGAAUAAUCUGGAACUGAAGGGAGUAAAGGCGGGCUCUAGAUAAAAGUAGGUGCUUGGACGAGCGCACCAGUCAGACAGUAUCGAGCAGCAGCUGGCGCUGAACGCAGGGUGUCCGAGUUCCCACAACCGUGCGCACAUUCCUCACAGUCGUAUAAAUAUAUUGAACGCUAGAAGCAAGGAGAAGAGAUGGGUUUGCUGUCGGAGGGAAGCCCGUUGAGCUGGGAGGAGACGAAAGCGCUGGCCCAGCAUGUUCGCGAGCACGGCAUCGAGCAGUUCAUAAACAUGUACGCGCGGCUUCGGGACCGCCAGGGCGACAUGCUGAAGUGGGGCGACGAGGUCGAGUACAUAAUCGUGAGGUUUGAUGACGAGCAGAAGGCGGCCCAGGUAUCGCUGCGGGCCCGCGAAAUGCUGGCCGUGCUGAACGAGAAGGAGGCGGCCGAUCCGCAAGGUGUCAAGUCCCUGUGGCGUCCGGAGUACGGCGCGUACAUGAUCGAGGGAACCCCGGGCAAACCCUACGGAGGUCUGUUGGCUCACUUUAACGUAGUGGAAGCGAAUAUGCGCUACCGUAGGCUGGAAGUGGCAGAGAUGUUGUCUCCUGGAGAGCACGUCAUGUCUAUUACCAAUUUUCCCCGCUUGGGUUGUCCCAACUUUACGUUUCCUCCGGCGAAGCCAACGCCCGAGGACGAAACGUGCGCGGCUCGGUCCCUGUACUUUCCAGAUGAAGCCAUCUUUCCGGGUCAUCCCCGCUUCAAGACGCUUACGCGGAACAUUCGUCAGCGCAGAGGUGAAAAGGUAUCGAUCGAUUUGCCCAUAUUCAAGGACAAGAAUACGGUGAUUCCGGUGGAGGGUAGCCUCCCGGAAAAGCCGGACCACGUGCACAUGGACGCCAUGGGCUUUGGAAUGGGUUGCUGCUGCCUGCAGUUGACCUUCCAGGCUUGUAACAUUACGGAGGCACGCACGCUGUACGAUCAGCUCACUCCGAUGUGCCCGAUCAUGCUGGCGUUGACGGCCGCCAGCCCUGCCUACCGGGGAUAUCUUACCGACGUGGACUGUCGCUGGAACGUCAUCUCGGCCUCGGUUGACUGCCGAACUCGCGAGGAAAAGGGAGAAAUUCCACUCAAGAACGAUCGAUUCCGCAUCAACAAAUCCCGGUACGACUCCAUCGAUUCGUAUCUAUCCCCAGCCGGAGAAAAGUACAACGACGUGCCUUUGGUUAUGGAUGAAGCCCUGUACAAACGACUCCGCGAAGGAGACAUCGAUCACCUGCUGGCGCAGCACAUUGCCCACCUCUUCAUCCGAGAUUCAGUUUCGCUGUUCAGCGAGAAGGUCCACCAGAAUGACAAAGAAGACACCGAUCACUUUGAAAACAUUCAAUCUACCAACUGGCAAACGAUGCGAUUCAAGCCGCCACCGCCAAACUCACCGAUCGGCUGGCGUGUCGAGUUCCGACCGUGCGAGGCUCAGUUGACCGACUUUGAAAACGCUGCCAUCGUUUGCUUCGUCGUUCUGUUGACCCGCGUCAUCCUGUCCUACCAGCUGGACUUCCUCAUCCCGAUCAGCAAAGUGGACGAAAAUAUGCAAACCUCCCAAAAGCGUGGAGCCGUGCUGACGGAGAAAUUCUGGUUCAAGAAGAACAUCAACGGCGCCAAGGAGAACAAUCACAGCAACGAAUCCAACGGACUGGACGCCGAGUACGAACUAAUGACCAUCGACCAGAUCAUCAACGGCAAGGGUUGCUUCCCGGGGCUAGUCCCUCUGAUCAACAGCUACCUCGGCUCGAUGGACGUGGACGCCGACACGCACUGCACCAUCCAGCAGUAUCUAAAACUGAUCCAGAAGCGCGCCUCCGGAGAGCUACUCACCACGGCUUCGUGGAUUCGAAAGGAAAUCACCGAACACGAAGAGUACAAGCACGACUCGGUGGUGAGCGAGCGCAUCUGCUACGACCUGCUCAAGAAGGGCAAGGACAUCCAGGACGGCAUCCGGCCCUGUCCGGAGCUGCUCGGCGCGAACGUGGGCUCCAAGACCGCCGACAACAUUCCGCCGGCGAUCGAGAAGCACCUGACCAAGCACUGCUGAAGGAACCGCGCUCGUUCCAGUUCAAAUUG